AAAUACCAGUCUAGUUUCUUAUUGUCAAGCUCUUCUCAUCUACUUACUCGACAUGGCUAUCUCUAAAAUAACCCUUGGAAUCAUCGUUUUACUUCUCGGGCUCAUUGAUAAGUUAUCUGCCGUAUCGAAUAGUUGUAAUUUUCCGGCAGUUUUUAACUUUGGAGAUUCAAAUUCUGACACCGGAGCUAUCUCUGCAGCCAUUGGAGAAGUUCCUCCACCAAAUGGAGUUGCCUUUUUUGGAAGAUCCGCCGGACGACAUUCCGAUGGGCGCCUCAUUAUAGAUUUCAUUACUGAAAAUCUCACUUUGCCGUAUUUAACACCGUACUUGGACUCGGUUGGAGCUAAUUACCGGCAUGGUGCUAAUUUUGCGACUGGCGGUUCUUGCAUCCGCCCCACGCUUACUUGUUUUAGCCAAUUCCAUCUUGGGACUCAAGUGUCCCAAUUCAUUCACUUUAAGACUCGUACCUUGUCUCUCUACAACCAAACCAACGGAAAAACUCCUUUCUGCAAAGGAGUCCUUGCACGGCCCAAAGAUUUCUCAAAAGCUCUUUAUACAUUGGAUAUCGGCCAGAACGAUCUCGCGAUUGGGUUCCAAAACAUGACAGAGGAACAACUCAAAGCAACUAUACCCGCAAUCAUCGAAAACUUCACCAUUGCCUUAAAAUUGUUGUACAAAGAAGGAGCAAGAUUCUUCUCAAUUCAUAACACCGGACCGACAGGCUGUCUACCGUAUCUUUUGAAAGCUUUUCCCGCUACAUCGCGAGAUGGCUACGGUUGUUUGAAGCCUCUGAACAAUGUGGCAAUUGAGUUCAACAAACAACUCAAGAACAAAAUCAAUGAACUAAAGAAAGAGUUACCUUCUUCUUUCUUUACUUAUGUUAAUGUCUACUCAGCCAAAUACAACUUGAUCACCAAAGCAAAGACUCUCGGUUUUGCUGAUCCUUUUGACUAUUGUUGCGUUGGGGCGAUCGGACGUGGAAUGGGAUGUGGGAAGACAAUAUUUCCAAAUGGGACAGAACUCUAUAGUUCUUCCUGCCAAAACCGUAAAAAUUUCAUAAGUUGGGAUGGCAUACAUUACACCGAAACCGCGAAUAUGCUAGUCGCAAACCGCAUCCUCGAUGGGUCGAUAUCCGAUCCAUCUCUCCCAACCCAAAAAGCUUGUAAACUGACGAAAAACUGAGUUGCCAAGCUAUGAAUUAAUAAAUGUAACUAGCAUAU